UUCAAAAUUCAUAUCAAUUAUUGAGAAGCUUAACAUUGCCCUAAGUGAAACUGAUCGUUUGAAUAUUCAAGAAUUCGUGCUGACUUUAUCACCUUCCAUUAAACGAGUUGAAUUUUCUGAUUGUAACGGCAAUAUACCGGCUAUUUUACAUCACAACAACUUUCAUCUUUUACCCUUAUAG